AGGAGUGCAGACGUAAGCUGUUUUCCAGGGGAUUGAUUGCACCACAGUUUCGUCAGCUUAGCAUAGCCUAUAUAUGAAGGAAUUUGUAGUGGUUACCGAAAGCACUACACUUACUGCACUCCAGCAACAACACUUCUCAGGGAAAAGACGGCUAGGCCUGGGUUGUAUGGGAUUGAAUUUGCUUGUGAUCUGUUGAAUAUACGUUUCUGGAAUAAAAUAUGGAAAAAGGCAAACGUACAACCGCUGGAAGUGAUGACUCCAUCUACCGCAUUCCCCCUUACUAUUACGUUCAUGUACUAGACCAAAACAGCAAUGUGACUAGGGUGGAGAUCGGACCCAGGACUUACAUAAGACAGGAUCACGAAAGGGUGAUAUUUGGGCCACAGAAGAUGAUUAUGGUGCCACCAAGGAAUUAUUGCAUCAUUGAGAAUCCCUCUCAGAAGGACAAAGACGGUGCUGUCGUACUGGACAAGCAUGGACAGGUCAAACUCAACCACGCUGACCAGGAAAUCCGUCUAGCUCAAGAUCCAUUUCCUCUGUUCCCUGGAGAGGUCCUGAAACAGGCAGUUAGUCCUCUGAAAGUUGUGCCAGCCAAUUGCGCUCUUCGCCUGAGGGCUGUCUUGGACUAUGAAGACCCCAGCGGAGAGAAGAGAGUUGCUGGCGAUGAAUGGCUCUUUGAAGGGCCUGGUACAUAUAUCCCACGCAAGGAGGUAGUUGUAGACGAGACUGUCAGGGCAACUAUCAUCAAGCCCAACCAGGCUAUUAAGCUACGUGCUCGCAAGGAGACCGAAGACCGUGAGGGUAAUGCGAGGGUCACGGGGGAGGAAUGGCUUGUUAAGAAAGUUGGUGCGUACUUGCCAGGCGCAUACGAGGAGGUCGUUGAUGUUGUGAAUGCUUAUGUGCUUACUGAGAAGAAAGCACUUCACCUGCGUGCCAACCGUACAUUUACUGAUGCCAAAGGUGUGACGAGAAAGAAUGGUGAAGAAUGGUUGGUGAAGAUGGAAGACAACGAGGCACACAUUCCUGAUGUCUACGAAGAGGUUGUUGGCUUGAAGGAUAUCAUUACCCUAAAUAAUCGACAAUACUGUGUGAUCUUGGACCCAGUUGGUGACAAUGGUAAGCCACAGCUCGGACAAAAGAAACUUGUCAAGGGAGAAAAAUCUUUUUUCAUGAUGCCUGGUGAAAAGCUUGAGAAAGGAAUUCAAAACGUGUUUGUUCUUGGAGAAGAUGAGGGCAUUAUCUUGCGGGCAAAGGAAGCAUUUAAGGACAACCUUGCGAAGGAUUGUGAACGCAAGCCGGGUGAUAAAUGGAUGAUGCGUGGACCAAUGGAAUAUGUGCCACCCGUGGAAGUGGAGGUACUGACCAAAAGGAAGGCAAUCCCAUUGGAUGAGAACGAAGGUAUCUAUGUGAGGGACACAAAGACAGGAAAGGUACGUGCUAUUACCGGAAUUACUUACAUGCUAAACCAGGAUGAGGAACUUUGGUGUAAAGAACUGUCACCAGCUGUUGAAAAUCUACUGAUGAGUAUGAAAGACCCUAUUGCUGAUCGUGGUUCUCGGGGCGCACCAGUGGUCGCAGAGAGAGAGAAGACAAAGGUGGUCACCCUUCGUGUUCCCCAUAAUGCAGCUGUACAGAUAUAUGAUUACAAGGAGAAGAAAGCCAGAGUUGUGUUUGGACCAGAGCUGGUGAUGCUUGGUCCUGAUGAGCAGUUUACUCAACUGAGUCUGUCGGGAGGAAAGCCAAAGAGACCAAACGUCAUCAAAUCCUUGUGUCUGUUGCUGGGACCUGAUUUUUGCACAGACAUCAUCGUUAUAGAGACAGCAGAUCAUGCUAGGCUACAGCUCCAGCUGUCUUAUAACUGGCAUUUUGAAGUCAAUGAUAAGAAUGAUGACAAUGAUGCAGCUAAAUUGUUCAGCGUGCCAGACUUUGUCGGAGACGCUUGCAAGGCUAUUGCCUCUCGAAUCAGAGGUGCUGUGGCCGGUGUCCAGUUUGAUGAUUUUCACAAGAAUUCUGCCAAAAUCAUCCGUGCAUCAGUAUUUGGGUUUGACGACAAGCAGAAGGUCCGUGAUCGAUUCCUGUUCCCUCAGAACAACCUGGUUAUAACCAGUAUUGAUAUCCAGUCAGUGGAACCAGUUGACCAGCGUACCAGAGACGCUUUGCAGAAGUCUGUACAACUGGCGAUUGAGAUCACAACCAACUCCCAGGAAGCCGCAGCCAGACACGAAGCUGAAAGACUUGAGCAGGAGGCAAAGGGUCGUCUAGAGCGUCAAAAGAUUUUGGACGAAGCUGAAGCUGAGAAAGCACGCAAGGAACUGCUGGAGCUACAGGCCAAUAGUGCAGCUGUUGAGAGCACUGGACAGGCAAAGGCUGAGGCUCAGUCCCGUGCUGAGGCUGCUAGAAUUGAAGGCGAGGCAGCUGUUGAGCAGGCCAAGCUGAAGGCAGAGGCUGCUAAAAUUGAAUCUCAAUCAGAACUCGAACAACUGACAGUUGCGAGAGAGGCAGAGAAUAAGUACAUCAGCCAGCAGAACGAGAUGGAAAUCAGCAAAACUAAAGAAAUGAGCGACAUCGAGACGGCUAAAUUCGAUAGCAUGGUGUCGUCCAUCGGUGCAGAUACCAUCAGGGCCAUUGCAACAUCUGGACCAGAGAUGCAGGUGAAGUUGCUGCAAUCUCUUGGCCUCAAGUCUACCUUGAUUACAGAUGGUACCAGCCCCAUCAACCUCUUCAAUACUGCCAACGGACUUGUUGGUGCUCUUGCGCCACCAUCAAACAAUUAGGUUCAAAGCUUUUUUAACAGCAAUUGAUGGCAAUAAAAUAUAUUUCUAGAUGUAUUGGAAAGGAACAUUUGAAUUAUGUUUUACCAAUGGGUGUUUUAUAAAUUCAUUAGAUUUUUAUUGGAAAGGAAAUAAAACACUUAUUAAAAAAUCGGCUAACUGUGCUAAAUUGCUGUAUUAAAAGAUAAAUUUAUUAGUUUUGUUAGUUUGGUGUUUGUAAAAAUGAACUUUAUAUUUGUAGAUAAAAUUAUCAAGGAUGAUAUCAAAAACAGUUGUAGAUUGGUUAAUUUUGUUUAUGAUGAUUGCUUUUUAGGUCUCCAUAUUUGUAGGAUGUUUUUGGUCAAUAUGAAAAUGGAUUAUAUAACAUUUAUAUAUAAAAGGAAGAUAAAUUUGUUUUAUCAAAUGAUUGAGAAAAUUUUGAUUUUGUAAUACUGUAAUUAAAUUCCUAUUUUAAUACAGUCAUGAACAUUUAAAUGUGAAAUUGUGCCAUAUAUUAUAACAGAAAUAAUGUUUAUUAAAAUUGCUGUUAAAGAAUAAAUACAAUAUAUUUUAUAUAUCUAUAUAAUAUAAAAUGCAGGCAGAUGAAUUAUGCAUUGACAGGCCUGUGUAUUGAUAUUACAGAAGUUUGAAUUAAUGAGUUUUUAGUAAUAAAGUAUCAAUUUAGAAAAAAAAAUGGAAAUAUGUUUUCCACAUGAUCCAAAGUAAGUGUUCUAUACAGAUAUUUAUUAUCAUUGUUCUAAUAAUACUAUAUGAAUUCUGUACAUAUAUUGUUUGUAUUAUUUUGCAUUACAAAUUUCUUGAGUUUAGACCAAUUGUGAGGGCCCAAAUUUAAAAAAUAUACUCAAGAGAAGUAUUAA